GACUACGGCAUCGACCACCACAAAUAUUCCUACCACUUCAGAGUCAUCAAUUCCCUUGCCCAUCAUCGGCGCAGUUACAUUAGUUUCUCUGCUUGUAGUUGCCAUCGUCAUUGUCAUUUGUGUAUGUCUGGUGUGCAGAAAAAAGAGGCGAAUGCACAUGGAAGAAGGUCUACUUGACGAUGAUGUUUUCCAACCAGACUACAUUGAACUUUCACCAACACCUAAGACAAAGAAAAAGAACGUCAUCCACAAGAAUAGAGUCUCCAGGCCCGUUCUCUUAGCAAAUAUCGAGACCCAUUACGACUGGUUGAAAGCAGAUUCUGAACACAGAUUGAUGGAGGAAUAUGAUGAUAUUCAGGCGGUGGGCAGCAUUGUGCGAAUGGACCAGGCAACCAAUGCAGAGGUGAACAAGACAAAGAAUAGAUUCAACAAAAUACUACCGUAUGAACACUCUCGUGUAAAGUUGAUGGCACUGAAAGGCAAGUCUGAGACAGACUAUAUCAAUGCCAACUAUAUACCAGGGUUCAACUCACCGAGAGAAUAUAUCGCAUGCCAAGGACCUCUACCAGAAACAACGAAUGACAUGUGGAGGAUGAUCUGGGAGAAGAAAUCAACGAUCAUUGUCAUGAUGACAAAGACUGUUGAAGGAGGCAAGGACAAAUGCCAUCAAUACUGGCCAAAAAAGAAAGGUCGUUCGGAUACUUACGGUGGUAGUUUGGAGGUCUCCCUGCAAUCAGAGCUUGACUAUGAACAUUGGAUAACCAGGACGUUUAUGUUGCAAAAGAAUAAGAUGAAACGUGAAGUGAUUCAGCUACAGUUCACCUCCUGGCCUGAUCAUGGUGUCCCCGAACAGACAAAACCUAUGCUAGAUUUCGUGAAGAAUGUGAGAGAACGCAUCCGCAACAAGUGCGUCAUAAAGCCAGUUAUUGUUCACUGCAGUGCUGGUGUGGGAAGAACAGGAACAUACAUAGCACUGGACCGUCUAACACAACACAUGGAGGAUAAUGACUUCGUAGAUGUCUGUGGAGUCGUGUGUGAGAUGAGAAUGCAUAGGAACUACCUAGUACAGACUGAGACGCAGUAUAUCUUUAUUCACGACUGCCUGAUGGAUUACUUUUGCUCUGGUGUAGCUCCAUGAAGUGGAAUUCGUUCGAACAUGACUGCUGCAGCUGGAUUAAUUCGAUUAAUUUGCUGACCUUAAUUCGCUGUCACAAAUUUUGAAAAUCUGAUACUACCAAAGGAAACAUGAAAUUAUCCAAAGACCAAAUUUUCCUUGGAAUUGGAUGUGAAAUUAAGAAAAUAUUGACAAAAGAUCUGCAUAAUUUGCUGUCUUUAGCGUACGUUCUGGAAAGUGUAGAACUUACCGACAGGGGUCUAGGAAUCUUAAUAUCGAGAGAAGAUGUAUUCAAAAUUUGAAGUAAAAAGUGAUACCAACUAAUUGGGUGAUAUUUUGCCUUGCCAAUUAUGCAAUUAUCUAAAUUAUUCUCGUCAGUUGCAGCGCAUUCCGAUCCGGCGUCGAAUUUCGAGAUCGCGAUAUCUUCGGAAUUCUCGACGAUAACAUUCUAGUUGCAGCAACUUGUAGUCUAAAAUUUUGCGUUCCAUUUGAAUAUGAUUGAACUAAAUACAUUGGUGUAGAAGUAUGAGAAAUCAGGGAUCGAAUAUCACAUUCCUAAUAUUUUGUUUAAUAUCCGCGAACUUUGGCCACCCCAUCAUACAUUAAACCAGAGAAAUAAUCGUCAUAAUUAUCGAUAACAUUUACUGAAAUAUUUUCAAGCCGAAUGUUUUAUCAAUGUUUUGCCAAAAUAUCAUGCUGUCGUAUUAAGACAGUGUAAUGACAGGUAUAAAUUAAAACUGAAGCAAUGCUUAUGGUUAUUCUUAGAUAACGAUGGUUAGUACUUAUCAGAAUUGCGUUGAUGGUUUUGUUUACCAACAAUUGUUAGGUUUAUGUAAAGAAUGCAACCCAGUAUUUUGGACUUGAUUUGAUUUAAUUUGAUUUGAACUCAAAUAUCCACAAAUUAUGUUCU